GUGUGGUGAGAGUGGGUGGUGUAGGCGAGUUUUUGAGUAUUUUCUCCGAUUAUUUCAUCGUUUAAGUCACUUAUUGGAUUUCCUGCCAAGCACUCACUAACUGCUAACCAUGUCAAAGGCAGAGAAGGCGUCGGCUAUCUUCACUGAGCAUGAACACGGAUACAGUGUACUGUCUGCAGAGAUCACCGACAAGAUGAACAUUAUUCAGGGUAACAUCAUCACAGGAGACUCAAUAUCGGGGCCCUGUGCCGAGCUGGACCGCCUUAUGGCAGAGGCUGAGGAACUGCUCGAACAAAUGGAACUUGAGUCCCGUGAUCAGCCGGAACGGCUGAGACAAACACUGACAAACCGGGUCCGGAGCUACACGGCAGAGCUGAGGAGGCUGGCCAAAGACUACAGCAACAUUAAAAACAGAGUCAGUCGCCGGGAGCUACUGGGCGGAGAGGGCAGCCUGUCAGCGGCCGAGGCUGAGGAGAGGAUGCUGGAUAACACGGAGCUGAUGGAAAGGACCGGCAACAGACUGGACGAGGGAUACCGGAUGUGUCUGGAGUCAGAGGCGGUGGGGGCGGAGAUACUGAGCGACCUCAGCGGUCAGAGGGAGACACUGACCAAGACACGGGCUAGGUUACGUGAAACAGAUAGCGAGUUGGGCAGAUCCGGACGUCUUCUCUCCGGUAUGUUACACCGAGCCGUGCAAAACAGAGUUCUACUGAUUCUGGUAGGAGCCGUUCUACUGGUCGCCAUUGGGUAUGCGCUAUACGUUCUGUUCACCCGGUGAUGAUGGAAGAGGGUAGAAUAUGAAAUGUGAUUGGUGGAACGGAUGUAGAGUGUCGUUAUAGCUGAUGCUAGUGGGGGAUGCUAUCGUCGUGGCAAAUAGUAUAGUGUAACGUCAUUGGUGGACGUCAUUGUGACGUCAUUGGUGGACGUCAUAAUGGAUAUUGGUGUGCGUAACAGAUGACGCCAAUGCUUUGGCUUUGAUAAGAGAUAAAGUGGAAGGACUCUAAACCAUGUCGCCUUCGAAAACGUGAGGCAGUUACUGUUAUCAUGGACCCGGCAUGGCAGCUAGCAGCAAAACUGGUAACUUAUUACUAGCUGGCCAGAGCCAGAGGGGCCGCUCUGCCUUUGCAUGAGCCAAGGUUUUUAAAACUGGAAUUUUUGACAUAGGUAAUGAACUCUCAAAACAAGGGUCGUCUCAUACGUUAAUUGACACCAAUGAAGAGCUGUGUGUAAGCUGGAUGGAUGAAAAAAUGAUCCAUGGUGCAAAAAAAAAAUAGGCAACAAGGCCUUGAGAUAACUCAUAAAAUUAUUUCCAUUUUCAGUGGUAAUGUGAGCUGUGUUGUGUUCAGAUGAUAUUUGUACAGCACAGCUGUAAUUGAUGGCUUGAUAUGGUGUGCGAUAUGAGCGGUAUAAUAGCAUUGUAGGGGGAUAACGCCAAAAUAGGGACUUCAUAAGGAUUCCGACCUCCUUAAAUGAUGCGGCAUCAUAGGGCAUAGCGUUAAGGCUACAGAAGUGAUGCUGCGGAGACGUACUUUGAUGUGAUAUUGUGGAAUAUAAUUAGUUUACCGUGAGCAUUGGUCCAUAUCCAUGACUAAACAGAUGAUCAAU